CCCCCCCCCGCCCCCAUCACAUGACCGCGGGACGGGCGGCGGAGCAGCGGCACCGGACGGACGAUGGCGGUGGAGGGAGGAAUGAAAUGCGUGAAGUUCCUGGUGUUCGUCUUCAACUUCAUCUUCUGGGUGUGCGGCGUAGCGCUGAUCGCAGUGGGCGUUUACGCCCAAGUGGCUCUGGAUAAGGCGCUGGCGGUGAGUGGGCGCUCGGCCGCGGGGUCCCCCAUCGCCAUCCUCGUCCUCGGGGUCAUCGUCUUCUUCAUCGCCUUCUUCGGCUGCUGCGGAGCCUGGAAAGAGAGUUACUGCCUCGUCACCACGUUCGCCGUCCUGCUCAGCCUCAUCUUCCUGGUGGAAAUCGCCGCUGCCAUCGCCGGAUACGUCUUCAAGGAUAAGGUCCGCUCGGUGCUGAAGGAAGGACUGCAGGAGGCGAUGAGCAAAUACGGAGAGGAUAAACCCUUAACGGAGGCGAUGGAUGAGCUCCAGAGGGAGUUUAUGUGUUGCGGAGCCAAUAACUACACGGACUGGGAGAACAUCGAGCGAUUCCGAGUGAACGACACCGUGCCGCAGUCCUGCUGCCGCGUCAACGGCACCGCGUGCAACGUGCACCCCAACGCCGACACCGUCUACGAGAAGGGCUGCCUCCAGAGCAUCGAAGCGUGGAUGAAGAAGAACAUCGUCAUCGUGGCGGCAGUGGCGUUGGGCAUCGCCUUCUUCGAGAUCCUGGGGAUCAUCUUCGCCUGUUGUCUGAUGAAGGGCAUCCGCAGCGGCUACGAGGUGAUGUAGCCCCCCCCCGCCGGGGAGUUGGGGGGCUCUGGGGGUGCCCCCCCCCCCAACACCUCUGCCAGUGUCUCCGGGGGGGUCCCCAUGUGCCAAUUUACCCCCCAGACCCCCCCCCCCCCAGGGGCAUCUCCUCGGGUUUGGAAAUAAAAGCUUUCCUGAA